AUGGCGUCUGGUCCUCCGGCGGGGGGUAUUGGCGAGCUGCUUGGCGCGUUCACGAGCCCGGACAAUGGCGUGAGGCGGAGAGCGGAGGAAGCUUGGGAAGACAUGAAAAUGCGGCUCCCCGAUCAGGUCCUGGAGCAAGUGUGCGCUGUGCUCGGCCAGGCGGACGGCGGGGAGGGCGGCGAAGGGCUAAGGGCGAUGGCGGCGGUGCUACUGCGAACACUCUUCGACAUCCGCUCGGACGUCUGGUUCCGAGUCCAACAGCAAACACAAGCAGGAGUCAAGGCGACGCUGCUGGACCGCUUGACGAAGGAGCCAGUGGCUCACAUCAGGAGAAAGCUGACCCACGCUAUCGGGCAGCUUGCCGGAAUCUCUUCCGCGACAGGCGAGUGGCCGGAGCUGAUGGCGUUGACGGUAGCCCUGUGCGACGCAGCGCAGCAAUCGCCAGAGAUGAAGGUCGUCGGUCUCGAUCUGGUCAACAUUCUCGCCGAGUUCUGCCCGGGAAUGAUGUCUCCCCACCAGGACGGCUUGCUCCAGAUGUUUGGGGCGAGUCUUGAAGACCCGACCAUCGGUGUGAGAGUGGCCGCCUUGAAGGCAGCCUGCUCGUUCCUACAAGACUCGUUGUCAGGCCCAUCAGCUGCGGUGGCACCUUCUCUAGUUCCGCGGAUCAUGUCCGUCGUUGAGGCCACGGUCAACGCGGGGGACGAGUCUGCCGCCGGAGACGUGCUGGAGGCUCUUAACGUCAUCGCCGCCAACCAGCCCUUGCUGCUGCUCGGCGAGAGCGGCGACCAGACCUUGGAGAUGGUCAGCACGGCAAUGCUUACCCUUGCGGGAAGCCCUGCCCUCGAGACUUCCACCCGGGAGCUGUCGCUUGAGGUCUUCACGGGACUAUGCGAGUGCGCUCCGUCGGUCCUGCGGGAGCGAGGGGCGACCGUGGUGAACGUUGCGGUGCCGCUGACGAUCAACAUGCUGGCACAGCCUCCUCAAGAUUUCGACGACGAAGAGGAGCUAGGGUCGUGGCUGUCUAUGUCUGGUGGCAACGGGAGGGGGGACGAAGACGCAGACGCAGAAGGGGGCGAGCUGAGCAUGAUCGCGGCGAGCGCCCUCAGCAGGAUGGCGGUGGCCUUGGGAGGCAAAGCUGUCCUCUCGUCGGCCAUGCCCGUGUGCUCCGAGUUGCUGGGGGACGCGACCAACUGGCGUCGCCGGAAGGCGGGGUUGCUGACGCUUCUACUCAUAGGCGAGCUCCUGCCAACCCUCGUAGAGAGCCUCGGCGGCCCCAACGCCAACAUGCCCCGCCUUGAGGCCGCGGCGGCCGGCGCCCUCAUCACCUUCUGCAACCCGGAGCGCCUGAGCGCCGAGUGGCUCUACGCCGCUACCCCGGGAAGGCUGGGCGGGGAAGCCGUGGGUCUAGCCAUGCUGCGGUCGCUCUCCGGCCUUGUGACCGGGAGCUCCUCGGUGGUUGUGCGGGAGGAGGCGCUUACGGCCGUGGGCUGCGCCGCGAGGGAGAUUCUCAGCGCCACGGCGUCACCCCCCCCCGGCGGGGGGGGUACUACUACCUCUACGGCGGCCCCGCAAGACACAGACCUCCUGCGCGGCAAGGCGAUGGAGGCGAUAGCGUUGAUGGGACAAGCCGUCGGGUUGGAAGUGUUCCGCGAAGACGCUCACCAGGUGAUCCGGCUGCUGCUGAACGAACAGGGGAUGGUGGCCAGGGAUCCCGCGAACCCGCAGUCCACGUACACUCUUCAGUCGCUUGCACGAAUGGCGGGGGUCCUGGUCGAAGAGUUCCUCCCCUACCUCAGCGAAGCCGUCAAGCCACUCCUGGUGGCCCUGUCCAUCAACGCGGAGAUCAAGCACUCCAACGCCCCCGACGCCGCCCUCGCGAAGGACGAGCUCGAGGCGGAGGGGCUUACCGCGAUGGCGGUGGACCUGAGGGGCGUCGGCCGCCAGGUCUUCGGCGUGAACACGAGCCUCAUGCAGGCCAAGGAGUCGGCCUGCAAGACUCUCUACCAGUACACGGAGGACCUUGGGGAAGGGUUCGCCCCCCACGCGGCAGAGACGCUAGCGGUCGUGAUCCCGAACCUGGGGCCCCGUAAUGCGAUAGGGGUGCAGGUCAUCAGCUCCGCGAUCGUGCCGAAGCUGGUCGCCCUGGCAGAAGGCCGUGCCGCCGAAGCUGUGGCCGCGGGGGCGGGAGCGAAGGAAGUGCAGGAGGCGCAGCAGCAGAAACCGAGCGUGAUUCGUCUCUCGGACGAGAGGCUCCUGAAGACGGUGACGGGGCUGCGAAAUGUCGCCGCCGCGUCGAUCGGGAGAACGAGGGCGGCAUUGGCGGCGGCAGCGGCGGCGGCGGCGGCGGCGGGGGGAGGGCUCGGCGGACAGGGAGGGAUGACGGGGGCCAUUGACGCGGCGGAACUCCGGGAGCUCGAGGACGGAGAGGAGGAGCUCCUCGUCUCGGUGGUCGACGCCACGGGGUGGAUGAUCAAGGGCCGAAAGGAAGCGUUCCUGCCGGCCUUCGAGGCGGUCAUGAGGCCGCUCGUCCUGCAGCUCCUGGACCCCGCCGCCCCCGCCGCCGUGCCUCCAUCGCACCGCUCCUUCGGGCUCUGCAUGGCGAUCGACGUCCUUGAGCACUGCGGGGAGGGGGGCCGGAACUCGGUAUUCCAGGCGCCCCUCCUGCCGGCCCUCCUACAGGGGGCCCGCGGGGACGAUCCGGCGGCGGCGUCCACCAGACAGGCCUGCGCGUACGGCCUGGGCGUGGCCGCGGAGCUCGGGGGGCAGGACUUCGACGCCCACAGCGCGGAGGCUCUGGGGCUUCUGCUCGCGCUCGUCCGGAAGGACCCCGGCGGCGACAACGACGACGAUGACGGUUGGGGAGAGGGUGCGGUAAGGGACAACGCCGUGUCUGCCGCGUUCCGAGUGUUGAUCCACCGCCCUGGCCCGGUCUUCGCGGCGUUCCCCCCCGCCGUGGUGGGGUCCCUCCUGGACUCGCUGCCGAUAACGGUGGACGUGGCCGAGGGACAAGUGUGCCACCGGAGGGUCGUCGACCUCGCCUUCGCCCGCCACGAGCUGUUCUUCGGCGGCGGCGGGGACGGGACCUUCCACGCCGCGGCCGUUGUCCCCAAGCUCGUCACGGCCAUCGCUGGGAUGAUGGAGUACCAGUCCCGGGGGGCCGGCGGGGACGGCUACGGCAGCCAGGAAGAGCUGUGGGAGCGACAGCUUGUCGACCGGGAGACGAGGGAGAAGGCGGAGGAGGUCGUGGCGGUGGUGAAGACGGCGUUUGCAGGGGGGUUCCAGAGGGCGUGGGAGGGGCUCGGGGAAGCGGGCCGACGGGCGUUGCAGACGCCCACCAGCAGCGUUUGCUCACGGGCGGAGGAGUCGUAG